AUGCCGACUCUAUCUCCGCAACUCGAUGACGUCGGCACCGCACUGUCAACCUUGAUAACUUCCGUUGGCGAGCUUCCAUCGGCAUCAACAAUGGUCUUCCGUCGGCAAACAGCUCAGCGCUACCUCUGCCACUCCACACGAAGUGAAAGUGUUUUUGAUCAGUCUUCGCGGCAGCAUAGUAACGACGCAGGCACGACGACAAUAAUGAUACCUGCAGAGGGGUUAGAAAAAGAAUGGGUGAAUCAAUCAACUCAUUUAGCAGUCAACAAUCUCGUUCAUUUGGCGCUCACUACCAGACUACCUCAGACCCAAUCUCAUCUCACUUCCUCUCCAACGCACCGUCUCACCGUCACCAAACACCACCAUCGUCCUCGUUCAUGCUCUGCGCCGCCACGCAGGAGGUUGCUCGCCGCUGACGUUCCUCGGUCGUGCUCUUCUCUUCCUCGUCGCUCUCGUCUCUUCCUCGGUCACGCUCCUCGCUUCCUAUCGCUCGCCUCCUCGUCGUUUCACCAGUCUCCUGUUCAUCGUCUCUGUUCCAGUGUUCCUUUGUUCCACUGGUUUCUUCUUCUGUUUCGGUUGCUUCUUCUGGCUUCUGCUUCUGCUGGUUCAACUGGCUUCUGCUGCUUCUUCUUCGUCUGGGAAAUCUUUUUGUCCAAUUUCCACUCAAAGCUUCAUUUCCAAAGACCCCACUUGGUUAGAGCCAUGGUUUCUGAUUCCAACACUUCAAGGAAGCAAGUAGAGAUUGAGUAUGACCCUGAGGGAAGGAUAAACAAAUUAGCAGAUGAAGUGGACAAAGAUGCUCCAUUUUCAAGACUUACUUUAUUCUCUCCAUGCAAGAUAAAUAUUUUCUUGAGAAUAACCAACAAAAGGGAAGAUGGGUAUCAUGAUUUGGCUUCCCUGUUCCAUGUGAUAAGUCUAGGUGAUAUAAUCAAGUUCUCUUUGUCACCAUCAAAAACUACGGACCGUCUCUCGACGAAUGUGUCUGGGGUGCCCCUUGAUGAUAGAAAUUUGAUUAUUAAGGCGCUCAAUCUUUACAGGAAGAAAACGGGAAGUGAUAACUUCUUCUGGAUUCAUCUUGAUAAGCGGGUACCCACAGGGGCUGGGCUUGGAGGUGGAAGUAGCAAUGCUGCAACUGCAUUAUGGGCAGCGAAUCAGUUCAGCGGUUGUCUUGCCACUGAGAAGGAACUCCAAGAAUGGUCGAGUGAGAUUGGUUCGGAUAUUCCUUUCUUUUUCUCUCAAGGAGCAGCCUAUUGCAGCGGUCGAGGUGAGAUAGUUCAGAAUAUAGCUCCACCACUAUCUUUGGACAUUCCAAUGGUUCUCAUAAAGCCCCAAGAGGCCUGUUCAACUGCAGAAGUCUACAAGCGGCUACGGUUGGACCAGACCAGUAAUGUUGAUCCUUUAAUAUUGCUAGAGAAUAUUAAAAGGAAUGGGAUAUCACAAGAUGUUUGUAUCAAUGAUUUAGAAAUUCCUGCUUUUGAAGUUCUCCCAUCUCUCAAGCGAUUGAAACAGCGGAUCAUUGCAGCUAGCCGUGGAGAACAUGAUGCUGUUUUUAUGUCAGGAAGUGGAAGCACUAUUGUCGGUGUUGGUUCAGCUGAUCCUCCACAAUUUGUUUAUGAUGAUGAUGAAUACAAGGAUGUCUUCUUGUCAGAAGCUUAUUUUCUCACACGAGAAGCAAACGAGUGGUACCGAGAGCCCUCUUCAAGUCCUGCCGCCUCUCCUUGUGUUUCCGAAACUGUUUAAGCUAUAUUUUCUGUAAGAUAAUAAGAUGGUACAAUGUUGUGUUAUGAUCUCAUUUUUCAUGGAAUAAAAAUAAUGCAAGCCUAAAAUAAAAUCUAAUAUACAUUUAUUAAGGUGUUAUUUUCUUUAAUUGGCUAUAAUAUUAAGACACGAGUUAACAUACUUUAUAUUAAAAUAGCUUUUUAGAAA